GGGAGAAGGGAGGGCAUGACCUUGGGAACCUUCUCCGGACCCCAGGUAACCAUCCUGAAAGCCAGAGCACCACGAGUGCUCACAUUCAGGAAUGAGGACGAGGGCUGGUGCUUUGAACUGGGGCCCAUGUUAAUCCCAAAGGCCCACAGGCUGGUCCACACCUAUGUCAAGAAGCUGGGCCUGCAGCUGAACAAGUUCCUCCAAUAUGAUGACAACACCUGGUACCUCUUCAAUGGACAACGCUAUCGCACCAGGGAGGUCAAGGCCAACCCAGAGCUCCUGGGCUAUUCCGUGAAUCCCACAGACAAGAAGUCCUGA